AUGAGACCGUGGCGCCGCGUACUGCUGUUGCUGCCGGUGUGGUACCACCCGCACAGCCUCCACGCCAAGUUGGCAGAUCGUUCCCGCCUCGUCCAGCGUCGCCAACCACCGACUGCUGCCACUGAACGAUACGUCGACCAGAGUGGACUCCCAAUUGAAGGCACUUCCUAUCAUUCGGCGCGCCGACGCGAAGCGGUAGCGUCGGUUCGACAACGGCAACAACACGAAUCCAUCCCACCGAUGGUGCCCGAACCCACGUAUUCCGACGACGUUCGGGACGAGUCAGAUUUUCUGGACCCUACCCAGCGACAUUUGAGCUCCCAGCUUUCUGGAUGCUGCUACAACUACCAGUCCUAUUCGGCGUCGAGCUUGUGUAGUCUGUACGGGGAUAAUUGCGAGUCGGGAGAAACACCGUCGCACGAUAGUGGCGACGGCGACUGUACACACGAUGGGCUCUCCUUUAUCGGAAUUUCCUUUUCGGUGAAUACUGCUUCCGGUAAUCCCUACAGUUAUCAGCUUUGCGAUCAGUUUCCGAUGGAGAACAUUAUUGAUCGUGAUUAUGAAUACGUCAUGAGUAUGGACGAAGACGGAUGGCUGGUUGGAGGAGGCUACAAAACCUUUGACUAUUCCGGGAAAAUGCCCUACAUUGACUCCUCACAUACGGAAUUGGUGCGUAUUGGAAACAUGGACCCAAAUUCGGGUGGUACGUCGAUUGAGCAGGUUUAUUCAGCCUUGUCGCAGAUUUCCUUUGCCCCGUUCUCUAUCUUUCCCGAAUACCUCAAAGGUGGCGGAGGUCACCAUUCUGGCGACGAUACUAACGACGGCACUGGCGUUCCUUCGGGGGAUGUCACUCUCGUAGUUUCCGUCGUGGAAACCUACGAGGAUGACAACUCCUACUCUUCCUACGAAACAUUCCUCAACUCGCUUUUUAAUGCCCUGGACGCUGUUGGUGGAGGUCCUUGUAUGGAUGAUCACGAUACGGACCCUCACGUUUCCAUGUCGCGUGGUGUAAAGUACUGGUCCUCGUAUCACAGUUCGCAGUACAUGUACGCGGCCAACUUGGAAGUGGCUGUCUGGCAAGCCAUGUACCCGAACGGUGUACCGAUUGGUUCCAACGGGUACGCAUCCUUUCCUCCUGGCCGUGGCGGGAAGAAGCAAAAGGUCGGCUACGGAAACUUGUACUUUUUCUUUGACCGCGCCAACAUUACCAAAGCGUUUGCCCCGUAUCGUGAUUUGACGUCCGACGAAUUGUAUUACGCCACACUUUACUCGGAUACGGACACGAGUUCGUUCUACUCCUCCGUCACGUCAAUCAGUUUCGACUACGCCGGAUCGGGAGAUAGUAGCUCAAGUUGGGAAUGGAACGCGUACUCUUGGAAUCAGCUCAUGGCUAAGCACGACAUGACGGAUGGUUGGGAACUCCCACCGAACUGCUUACAGGAAGGAGAAACAUUCUUUGGUAUUCCUCUUUCCCGCACCAGUGGUUCCAAACUCCAGUCGACGGAAUCCUUUCAGGAACAGUUUGAUUUUGAAUAUCUGGCGGACCGUAACUCAACCUACGUCACAUCGUUCGGUACCAACCACGGUUGGUUGAUCGGGGAAGAAUUAGAUAACGCAGUCGGGUCCAUCGUGGACAAGGAUACGGCUCACAUUCCGCUUUUCUACACGGGCUCAACCAAUCCGGAUAUGGGCGGCAUGUCGUUGAGUGACUUGAUCAAAGUCGCGAGGAAUAUCGACUUUGGUACUUUGUACAUCAAACCAGCCUUUGUUUUUGUCGAUUCCGACGGUCAUUUAAAGCUUCAGUUUGAAGCCGACACCACAUCAGCCCUAGCUUAUCUCUACGACAACUUGUGCAAACAGCUGGGUAUCUCCUGGAACUAUCACUCACCAUCCAAUAGUGUCGGCAAAUACAGUAAUUGUGCCAUGCACGCUGCGGGUGACCGCGCGUCGUAUGGCUGUGGUCCCGAUGGGACUAACUCGGGUGGAUUUUGCCCUCAGAUGGUCUUGGCGUACGCACCUCGCUUUUCGUCCGAAGAUUCGGCGGUGGCAUACCUGGAGCGAUGCAACAACUACGUCGACUAUUGGCGAAAAUUGUACCCAUCGGGUGUUGCGGUAGGGACGAGCUCUUUUUGUCCGUCCGGAGGCUGCCUAGGUUUAUUCCUGAACCGUUUGGAUCUGUACGAAGUUUUCAAGCCUGAUUUGGGCGGAUCCUGGGUCGAGUACAACGGUGGUUCCAUGCCUCCUACGUACUCUCCCGCUCCGACCUGGCAAGGAGGAUGUGAUGAUCCACACAACUACUUUUUGGAUCGCUGCGUUCGCAGACGAUAUAAGCCCAGGCCUUCAGCUGUUGCAUGGGAUGCCCUCGGUUCGGUUGGUCAAAUCUCGAUCAUGCUGGUUGUUUUCAUGGCUGUCACUUUGUCCGUGUCAAUGUUUCUAGCGCGUGCUCGCAAAAAGAGACGCCGUGGCGAAAGUUAUGUGAACUUCUUCUUUCGCGAUCUAAAUCGGCGUGGUGGUCGCAAAAAGGGCAAGAAACGUCGCGCAGGUGGUAGGGAUUUGAAGGAAGCGAUUCUUCCCGAUGGAUCUAGCCGCUGGUCGAAAUCGACAAGUCGUCCAUCAAUGCGAUCUAAAAGUCGUUCCAAGAGUCGAAGCAAGAGUUCCAUCUCGCGCGGUCGCUCCAGCAGUCGCUCGUUUCGGCCCGUAUCUGUCCAGCCCGAGGCAAGGAGGAGUAUUGGUGGGCCGCGCCGCAAUCACGAGUAUGCGGACAUGGCGACGGUUGGCUCGUAUGCUUCCCGACGCAGUGGCGUAUUUGAUAUGACGAUACAAAACCCACAGCCUGAAGACGACCAGGAUCAUAGACAGCAGCUCGUAUAG